AUGCGUGUACCCCAGGUCCCCGCGGAAGAUGAGAAUCUUCGACCUGUCAUCAUCACACCAGCGGAUAUGGUCGAAAACUCGCCUUCGCCUUUCAGUAAUUUGGUAAGCCCUCCGUUGUCAGAUACCGACUCGGUCGUCACUGAUUCCUCGUUAAGAUCUUCUAUGAACACCAGAGCAUUUCGAGAGGACGAAGGGCGGCUGUAUCAAGCUACUGACGAUGAGCGAGAAACUCAGAGUCAAGGGAACAAGAACUAUCUCGCUCCGAUACCUGCCUACUUGCCCAACGCAGGUAAGGAUAAGUCUGUGCUAGACGUGGGGACUGGCUCAGGGGCCUGGCCAUGUGAGAUAGCACAAGAAUUUCCGAACGCGGAGGUGAUUGGCGUGGACCUUGCGCCAACCUGGAAUGAUAAUGACCUCCCCGAUAAUGUGGAAUUUCAGCAAGGAGACAUAACUGCUGGUCUUCCGUUCCCGGAUGGUCGCUUUGACGUUGUUCAUGGCCGGACCCUAGUCGCCGGGAUAAGAGAUUGGCCACAAUAUAUAAACGAAAUGAUCCGUCUCGUCAAGCCGGGUGGGUUGUUCAUCUCGCACGAGACUAGCUUCCCCUGGGUACUUCAAGACCAGCCAGAUGUAGACCACUGGAGCAUUGCGCCGGGGUUCAUGGCGAUCUCGGAGUGCGUAGCAAGAGCAUUGGUCGUUCGCGGGCAUGUCUUGAGCGAUGUGACGGAAUCGUUACCCCGGCUUAUCAGUGAACAUCCAUAUAUGGAAGCUGUGGAGAGGGUUGCCCUCUUCCAACCCUUUUGGGGAUGGUCAAAUGAUCCAUGGCAAAAGCAGUCGGGGGACAUUAUGCUGCGAAAUGCUCGAGAUAUACCCGAUGUAGGCGACGACGUGUCACAAAGCGACCGAGCUGACAUUGAGGCUCUCCGUCUCUUGAUCAUUGACGGAUGUGGAAUAGCUCCUCGAGAUUACGAAGAUCUAAAGUUUGCUUUCCUGGCAGAUCUUGAGAAGCCCGGUGCCAAUUCGGGAGUACCUCAGAGUGUUGUCUGGGGUAGAAAGAAAGGUGGCCCGUCCCCAACAGUAUAA